GAGGAGGCACCACAGGGCAACACUGUUUUAUUUGAUGUGGAUCCUGGUGUGUAUGUAGCACAGUGCCUGACUUGCUCAAUACAUGCUGUUGAAAAUAUAUGCCUAUAUAUGUACUAAGAGCUGCGGGGCCAGCAUGAUUGAGGGAGCUGUGUGCUGUCUGUCUGCUCCCUAGCUCUGAAUUCCUUCUGCAAGCUUGGGCAGGGAGCAUGAUACAGUCAGACAAAGGAGCAGACCUGCCAGACAAAAAGGACAAGAAGGACGAGAAGCUCUCUAUGGGAACCAAUCCAGAGAAUGGUAUCUCCCAAAUCCUGAGGCUUGUGCUGCAAGAGCUGAGUCUGUUCUACAGCCGAGAUGUGAAUGGAGUGUGUCUCCUGUACGACCUCCUCCACGCCCCGUGGCUGCAGGCCCUGCUCAAGGUCUAUGACUGCCUCCAGGAGUUCAAAGAAAAGAAGCUCGUUCCUGCCACACCCCAUGUCCAGGCAUUAUCCUACGAGGUAGUGAAGAUAUUAUGUGAAACUCCCAAGUCCCCUGAGAUCCAAGAGCUGAGACAAAUCCUCCAGGGUCCACACUUUAAGGCCUUGCUUAGCGCCCAUGACACGGUGGCUCAGAAAGACUUUGAACCCCUUCUUCCCCCACUGCCAGACAACAUCCCUGAGAGUGAAGAAGCCAUGAGGAUUGUUUGCUUGGUGAAAAACCAGCAGCCCCUGGGAGCUACUAUCAAGCGGCACGAGAGGACAGGGGACAUCCUGGUGGCCAGAGUCAUCCACGGUGGGCUGGCCGAGAGGAGUGGGUUGUUAUACGCUGGAGACAAACUGGUGGAAGUGAAUGGCGUUUCCGUUGAAGGACUGGACCCUGAGCAAGUGGUCCAUAUUCUGGCCAUGUCUCGUGGCACAAUCAUGUUCAAGGUGGUUCCGGUUUCUGACCCUCCUGUUAAUAGCCAGAAGAUGGUGUAUGUUCGUGCCAUGACCGAGUACUGGCCCCAGGAGGAUCCCGCCAUCCCCUGCAUGGAUGCCGGCUUGCCUUUCCAGAAGGGGGACAUCCUCCAGAUUGUGGACCAGAAUGAUGCUCUCUGGUGGCAGGCCCGGAAAAUCUCAGACCUUGAUACCUGUGCUGGCCUAAUCCCUUCUAACCACCUUCUGAAGAGGAAGCAACGGGAGUUCUGGUGGUCUCAGCCAUACCAGCCUCACAAGCACCUCAAAUCCACCUUAUCAAUUUCCAUGGAAGAAGAGGAUGACAUGAAAAUUGAUGAGAAAUGCGUGGAAGCAGAUGAAGAAACAUUUGAGUCUGAGGAACUUUCAGAAGACAAGGAGGAAUUUGUUGGCUAUGGUCAAAAGUUCUACAUUGCUGGCUUCCGCCGCAGCAUGCGCCUGUGCCGCCGCAGGUCCCACGUCAGCCAGCUGCGCGCCGAGGUGUGCGGUGUCAGCCUCUGCUCCAGCGCGCUGGGCGCCGCCUACGAGGAGGUGGUGCGCUACCAGCGACGGCCUGCGGACAAGCACCGGCUCAUCGUGCUUGUGGGACCUUCUGGUGUUGGAGUAAAUGAACUGAGAAGACAACUUAUUGAACUUAAUCCUAAACAUUUUCAAAGCGCUGUGCCACAUACUACUCGUUCCAAAAAGAGUUAUGAAAUGGAUGGCCGUGAGUACCACUAUGUGUCAAAGGAAACAUUUGAAAGCCUCAUGUAUAGUCACAGAAUGCUGGAGUAUGGUGAGUACAGAGGCCACCUGUAUGGCACCAGUGUGGAUGCUGUGCAAGCAGUCCUCCAUGAAGGAAAGAUCUGUGUCAUGGACUUAGAGCCUCAGGGUAUUCAAGUGGCUCGAACCCAUGAACUGAAGCCCUAUGUCAUAUUUAUAAAGCCAUCUAGCAUGAGUUGUAUGAAGCAAUCUCGGAAAAAUGCCAAGAUCAUUACAAACUACUUUGUGGACAUGAAGUUCAAGGAUGAAGAUCUACAAGAGAUGGAGGAUUUAGCGCAAAAAAUGGAGAUUCAGUUUGGUCAGUUUUUCGAUCACGUGAUUGUGAAUGACAACUUGCAAGAUGCAUGUGCCCAGCUGUUGUCUGCAGUUCAGAAGGCUCAGGAGGAGCCUCAGUGGGUACCAGCAACAUGGGUUUCCUCUGAUACUGAAUCUUAA